UCCUCUUCAGCCCCUUAGCGUUCGUGGGCCUGCCGUUCCCCCUUUCCUCAUACCCUUUUAGCUGGUCCGGGUGCUGUGGCUCUUGGGGUUCGACCCGGCGAGCGGAACCUGAGACGCCGUCCGUCACCAUGGGCAAAGGGGACCCCAACAAGCCGCGGGGCAAGAUGUCCUCGUACGCCUUCUUCGUGCAGACCUGCCGGGAGGAGCACAAGAAGAAACACCCGGACUCUUCGGUCAAUUUCGCCGAGUUCUCCAAGAAAUGUUCCGAGAGAUGGAAGACCAUGUCUGCGAAGGAAAAGUCGAAAUUCGAAGAUAUGGCAAAAAGUGACAAAGCUCGCUAUGACAGGGAGAUGAAAAAUUACGUUCCUCCCAAAGGGGACAAGAAAGGAAAGAAAAAAGACCCCAAUGCCCCUAAAAGGCCUCCGUCGGCUUUCUUCCUGUUUUGUUCUGAACAUCGCCCAAAGAUCAAAAGUGAGCACCCUGGCUUAUCCAUUGGGGAUACUGCAAAAAAAUUGGGUGAAAUGUGGUCUGAACAGUCAGCCAAAGAUAAGCAACCGUAUGAACAGAAGGCAGCCAAGCUAAAGGAGAAAUAUGAAAAGGAUAUUGCCGCAUAUCGCGCCAAGGGCAAAAGUGAAGCGGGAAAGAAGGGCCCUGGCAGGCCUACAGGUUCAAAGAAGAAGAAUGAACCAGAAGAUGAAGAGGAAGAGGAAGAGGAGGAAGAAGAUGAAGAUGAGGAGGAAGAGGAGGAGGAUGAAGAAUAAAUGGCUAUCCUGUAAUGAUAUGUGUGGAGUGUGCGUGUGUGCUCAGGCAAUUGUUUUGCUAAGAAUGUGAAUUCAAGUGCAGCUCAAUAUUAGCUUCAGUAUAAAAACUGUACAGAUUUUUGUAUAGCUGAUAAGAUUCUUUGUAGAGAAAAUACUUUUUUAAAAAUGCAGGUUGUAGCUUUUUGAGGGGCUACUACAUACAGUUAGAUUUUAAAGCUUCUGAUGUUGAAUGUUUCUAAAUAUUUAAUGGUUUUCUUAAUUUCUUGACUUGUGUAUUGUAGCACAGCAAACUUGUAGGAAGUAUCGAUAGUAAAUUUUGGGUUUUUCUAGAA